UAAUUUAUUCGAAGCGAGAGAACAUAGCUACAAUAUAUUUAAGCAUUUAUUUGGUUACCCUGCUUAGUAGCCUUUUUGACAUUUUCUACCUGAGUUUGUAUCAAGAAUUAAUUUUUGUGUUAUUAAUAAUUUUGUAGACAAUAAUGUCUUCAUCAAGAAAUCUAUCAAAGAUUGAAGAAGUUAGUGAUAUUGAUACUGAUAUUCAAAGCGAAAGAAAUGCUGGGGAUCUAUGCUCUUCUAACGAGGUAGUUAAACAACUGCAAAAGAUCAUUGCAGAGGUGAUAGGAACGUACUUCGUUGUAUUUUUGGGGUGUGGAGCAGUAGUGGUAAACAAGAUUCAUGGGUCUGUAACAUUCCCAGGGAUUUGUGUGGUUUGGGGUUUGAUUGUGAUGGUCAUGAUUUAUUCCGUCGGCCACAUCUCCGGCGCUCACUUCAAUCCUUCAGUUACAAUCACAUUCGCAAUUUUUCGCCGUUUCCCUAUCACUGAGGUUCCUCUGUACAUAAUGGCACAGGUAAUAGCAUCAAUCCUAGCGAGUGGAACGUUGUACCUUCUAUUCGACGUAACUGAGGAUGCUUACUUUGGAACACUACCAGUUGGAUCGAAUGUCCAAGCUCUUGUUUUUGAGAUUAUUAUCUCAUUCCUUUUGAUGUUCGUUAUAUCUGGCGUUGCCACUGAUAAUAGAGCUAUUGGAGAAUUAGCGGGAAUCGCUGUGGGAAUGACAAUACUUUUAAACGUCUUUGUUGCCGGACCUGUAACCGGAGCAUCGAUGAACCCAGCAAGGAGUAUUGGACCAGCUAUUAUAAUGAAAACAUACACUGGAUUAUGGAUUUAUAUAGUAGGCCCCACUAUUGGAACCAUACUUGGUGGGUUUGCCUAUAAUUUGAUCCGAUUCACUGACAAACCAUUACGAGAGGUUACACGAAGCUCUUCCUUUCUUAGAAGCAUGUCCAGAUCUAUCGUCUGAAGUUUCAGACAAAAAAAACUUGGUUAAUUAUUAUUUUAUUUAAUUUCAUAGAAAUAAUCUCUUCUCUUGUCUAUAAAUAAACCACGAUACCCGCCAAUUACCCAAGGGAUCACAGUCAUUAGUCUUCGUCAAUCUUAUUAAUUAUCUUAUGCUUAGACUUCUUUUUUUUGGAAAUAUAUAAUGCUAGUUUUCUUUUUUUAUUUAUUUUAAA